AUGACUGCAGGGAGUUUGUUUGCGGGGGCCCUGAUGGAUAGUGUGGGGCCCCGGAAGACAGCAAUUGUGGGGCAGCUGCUGGCAGCAGCAGCAAGUGUGUGUCUUGCUGCCAGCAGCAAACUGGGGGACUUGGCGCUGCGCUGCGGCUUCGCGCUGCUGGGAGCAGCAACAGACACAGCCUUCUUGCCGCUGCUGACAGCAGCAAGGCUCUUUCGGGGGCGCGAGGGUUUGCUGAUUUGUGUCUUUGGAAGUGCUGCUUCUGCUUCCUUCGGAGUCCCGCUGCUGCUGCAGCAGCUUGCUGCGCUGCUGCAGCUGCAGCAGCCCCUCGCCGUCUUCUGGCUCUACGCAGCAGCAGGCCCCGGCUUCUGUUUGCUGCUGACCUGCCUCUUCUUCACCAACUCCGGCUUCAUAGACCCGCACCAGCAGCAGCAGCAGCAGCAGCAGCAGCAGCAGCAGCAACAGCAGCAGCAGGAGGGCAAAAGUCCCUUUUUUUGCAGUUUGGAGUUCCUUCUUCUUUCCCUGUACUUCUCCGUGGUCUCCUGCGCCGUGGUCUUCUACCAAGAGGCCCCCCGCCGCUUCUUUUCUCCUCUUCUUCUCAAAACUCUUCAAACUUCUCUUCCUUUUUCUUUUAUUCCUUGUCUCUUUUUCGGUCUUCUCGCGGACUCCUGGGGGCCCCUCCGCCUCAUGUCUGCAGUCACUGCCACGGGCCUUGCUGCCGGGCCCCUGAAGGCGCGUUUGGGUGGGGACUUGCGUCGGUGUUGUUCUUCACAGUGUUCAUCUCCGCGUUCACCAGCCAAGUGUUUGUUUACGCGCAGCAAAGGUUCGGGGCGAGGGAGUUCGGGCGAGCUGUGGGGCUGCUGCAGCUGCUGGGGGGUUUUGCUGCGCUGCUGUGCAACCCGCUGUACUCUGCUGUUGCGGUGUCUCACCAGCUUUCGCUCGCGAGGGUUUCGGAGGUUUUCAUUUUGCUGCUCGCGCUGCAGUUCCUCUGGAUCGCAGCCCUCGGGCGCAUCCAGGCCGCCCACAAGCCCCCGCCCCAAACCCUAA